AUGGAGCCGCAUUCUCUUCCAGGGCUCGGAGCAGAGAAUGUUUGCGAGAGCCAUGUCCAGCUUUGGCAAGAAGCUGCUCCGCCGGCGCUGGCUGGGGAGGGAGCCAAGGAGAAGGCCGGCCCCUCCAUUGUCAUCUGUUUCCUGGUUGCUGCCCUCUCGUCUGUGCUGGCUGGGCUUUGCUACGCGGAGUUCGGGGCCCGGGUUCCCAAAACCGGCUCUGCCUAUCUCUACAGCUACGUCACCGUGGGAGAGAUGUGGGCCUUCACCACGGGCUGGAACCUGAUCCUGUCCUACGUGAUCGGGACCGCGAGCGUCGCCCGGGGCUGGAGCUCCUCCUUUGACAACAUCAUUGGCAACCACAUCUCUGUCUUUUUCCAAAACACCACCUCCAUGUACGUGCCGGGGGUGCUCGCGGAGUACCCCGACUUCUUCGCGCUGCUCCUGGUCCUGCUGCUCACAGGUGAGAGGUGCAGCAGCUCUGGGCAGUUCACCCACGCGGCCACGGCCUCCAGCCAGGAUAUUAGCAUCGGCCCCCUGGGAGCAGGGGGGUUUCUUCCUUUUGGAUUCCAGGGGAUCCUCUCCGGAGCCGCAACCUGCUUCUACGCCUUCGUGGGGUUCGACUGUAUCGCUACCACAGGUCAGGCAGCAGCUUGGGCAGGGGGUGGGGCACCUCCCGGCUCCCCGGGCAGGCGGGGUCGUGCUGCGCUGUGCGGACGCUGCCUCUUGCUGGGCUCCAUGUUCCCCAUGCCCCGGGUGAUCUACGCCAUGGCUGAGGACGGGCUGCUGUUCAAGUUCCUCUCCAGGGUGCACCCCCGGACCAAGACGCCCCUGGUGGCCACAGUCGUCUCGGGCAUCGUUGCUGCGCUGAUGGGGCUCCUCUUUGAGCUGGAGGACCUGGUGGACCUCAUGUCGAUCGGCACCCUGCUGGCGUACUCCCUGGUUUCCGUCUGCGUGCUGAUCCUCAGGUACCAGCCGGAUCAGCUGAACUCUCCAAAGGCCCAGGAGAUGGAGGCGCUGAACAGGAGCGAGGAGAAGGGGACCACGAGCCCAGCCAAGGAGCAGUUCACCUGGAGGAGCCUCCUCAGCCCCCCUUGCGACGCUCCCACCCACUCGUCAGGGCGAAUUGUCUAUGGCAGCACGGCGGCCGCUGGGGAGCACGGGAGGGAGCAACCGGCUUGGGGCUUCGCCAUCUACUUUGGCUAUGGGAUAUGGCACAGCACAGAGGGGCAGAAAUCCCAGUCGCGGGCCACAGGCCGCAGCGCGGUGGCCGUCUGA